UCCCAAUCCCAUUCACAAUUUUGCCGAGGAAAUGGCCGUGGAACUGCUCGGCUACCCGAAUCUCAACGAGCAGAUGGCGGUUCAAGAAGCUGCAUCGGCAGGAUUGAAGUCGAUGGACCAUCUAAUCCGAGCAGUUUCCCAGCAGAAUCAGCAGCUCGACUGCAGAGAAAUCACGGAUUUCACGGUUUCCAAGUUCAGAAAGGUGAUUUCGAUCCUAAAUCGGACAGGACACGCCCGGUUCCGGCGCGCUCCUGUUCUGCCGCAACCUGAGUCUCCGGCGUUGGCUCAGGUUGGGUGUCCUAACCAGAGAACUGGGUGUACUCAACCUCAAAAUCCGGAUUCUAGGCUUGACCAACCUCGGACGCUAAACUUGUUCGCUGUUUCUUCCGCCACGGCGGAGGAUGGAGUCCCGCUGGCCGCUCAGCCGUUGACGCUUAAUUUCACCAAGCCUUGUGCUUCUUCUGGGAAGGAUCAGAGUGAAGUUAUGGGUAAGGACGGGCUCAGCGUAUCGGCGUCGUUAUCGAUAUCGGGGAACUCUUCUUCGACUUUUGUGUCAACUAUUACCGGCGAAGGCAGCGUAUCCAACGGAAAGGGUGGAUCUCCGUCAAUGCUUCUAGCACCGGUGUUCACCGCCGGUAAGCCGCCGCUGUCUGGCAAGAGGUGUCGUGAGCAUGACCACUCUGAUAACAUCUCCGGCAAAACCUCCGGUUCUUCUCGCUGCCACUGCAAAAAGAGAAAACAUAGGGUGAAGAGAACGAUUAGAGUCCCAGCUAUUAGCUCAAAAGUUGCAGAUAUUCCACCAGACGAGUACUCAUGGAGAAAGUACGGUCAGAAGCCAAUCAAGGGCUCGCCAUAUCCACGGGGUUACUAUAAAUGCAGCACUGUCAGAGGGUGCCCGGCGAGGAAGCACGUGGAGAGGGCUAACGACGACCCGACGAUGUUGAUCGUGACCUACGAAGGGGAGCACCGGCACACUCAGGUUGCAUCGCAGGAGAUUCCCGCCGCAGUUGUUGGUGCUGCCCAAUUGGUGUUUUGAGUCAACAUAAGGAUUGAAUUGGAAAAACGACAAUGAGCUGAAAAAGGUGACCUUUUGUAAUUUCCAAGUAGUUGGAGGGAGUUGGUUGAAAAGAAAAGCAAAAGAACCCGGGGCCAGAGUUUGGAAUCAAGGGAUCGGAAGGGGGUUUUCUUGUAAAUUUUGUAGGAGUAGGGACAGAAUCAGCAAAAAGAAAAAGUGUUUGUGGUUUUCAAGAUAUUUCUAUUUACUUGAAAUGAAUAGUAGUUGAUGAAAA